GAUUGAGGGGGCCGUACUGUAGUUGCAAGUGAAGCGUUAAAACCUCCUGCUUUAGCUGCCAAAGGUUAGCCAAGCCCGCUAGCCCAAACUGAGCGCUUCGCUGUCCGCGGUAUCCAAGACAAUUCGCGACGAACAACCGCUGUGUUUAUGGAAUAACAUCCCUCAGGUUGCCGUAUUUAUCGAGGAACCCGCAUGCAUUUUGACCCCGAGCAGCCUUUGCUUCUGCCUGGACACGCUCUGCUGACAAAUCUUGCACAAUCCAAAAGCUUCCACUACCCCAUGCUGCCGCUGUUACUGCAGUUAGUGUAACUCCAAACCUUUACCCAGCUUUCAGGUUUUUUAUCAUACUGAGGAACAUUGCCGCUUCCCUGCUGAGUUACGUGAUCAAACCUUCAGAAAACGGGAUGGACAGGAUGGGAUUUUCCUCAUCAGCCAUUUGUAGAAUAACAACCGCAAUUUAACUCGACAAAGAAGCACGUAGCAAAAGCAGCAAUGGGAGAACUGUCCCCCUCCGAGCUCGACAAGAAGAGGAGGCCGACGGAAGACGGCAACGAAAGUGAGCCGGAGGAUGCAGAGGAAGCAUCGGGGCGAGGCAUGCAGCAGAUCCCCCUCCACCGCUGGGUCAUGCACGGAGCCGUGAUGUUUGGUCGAGAAUUCUGCUACGCUAUGGAAACUGCCUUGGUCACACCUGUUUUGCUUCAGAUAGGUUUGCCUGAGCAAUAUUACAGUCUCACUUGGUUCCUCAGUCCUGUCCUCGGUCUCAUCCUCACACCUGUGAUGGGCUCGGCCAGCGACCGCUGUACGCUGCGAUGGGGCCGGAGGAGGCCAUUCAUACUGGCGUUGUGUGUCGGCGUGCUGCUCGGCAUGGCCUUGUUCCUGAACGGAUCGUUAAUCGGCCUUUCCAUCGGCGAUAGCCCAAGUAGCCAGCCCAUGGGCAUCGUCCUCACCAUUUUGGGAGUGGUGGUGCUGGACUUUUGCGCCGAUGCGUGCGACGGACCCAUCAGAGCGUACCUACUCGAUGUUGCCGACACGGAGGAGCAAGAUAUGGCGCUAAAUAUCCACGCCUUCUCAGCAGGUCUUGGCGGUGCUUUGGGCUACAUGCUAGGCGGUCUCGACUGGACCGGCACAGCUCUGGGCCAAGCCUUCAAGUCCCAGCAACAAGUGCUUUUCCUUUUCGCUGCCAUCAUCUUCAUCGUCUCCGUCAUCCUGCACAUGUUCAGCAUCCCGGAGAAGCAGUUUGUGCCAACUCAGUAUCUCAACAACGCGGCGAGAAGAGAUUCCACCAGUCAGUCGUCUUUCCGACUUGUUAGUCAGACGCCGCUGCUUCUUGAAGCUAUCGUAGAAGAGGACCCUCCUUGCCGAGAGAACCAGAAAUCGGAACACGAGGCCAAGGAAAUGGACUUUCUGGUCAUGGAGCGAAUGCGGAGUAAAAGCGACUCAGUCUUAGCCAUGCCAGACACCAAAAUCAAGCUGGAUCCUGACCUUGACCUCCAACUUUUCCUACCAGAGGUACAGCAGGCUUUACCUGAAAUCCAGGUAGGGCUGGAAGACUGCUUCAAGCCUUCAAACCAGAAUAUUGGGUCAUUGAGUCCCGGGGAACCGCCCAAAUUUACAGAUGGAGUUGUGGAAUGUGGAGAUUCUGCCUUAUCUGAAGUUAAUGGCCUGUUGAAUGGUCCUCAUGAAGUUAGUCCUGCCUCUGAAGGCCCACAUCUGAAACCAAAGCAGACCAAGCAAGCUAACGGGGUUUCCGCCGUCAACACUGGCUUGUCCCCCGCCGAGAACUGCAACGCCAACAGAAACCACCCCUGCAACAAAGCCGGUACUCGACUCCUCAGCGCCACCGCUUCCCCACGGCCGCACAAACAUACCUUCUACCGACAAUUGUCCCUGUUUCUUCAGCCUUCCUUCACAUUUUCCUAUUACGGGCGAGUGAGAUGCCAGCGUCAGCGACUCCGACGGGCAACCACCUCAAGCCCCGUGCCCAUCGCCACGUCCCGCAGCCUGAAUGAUCUGAGUGACCUGCAGCUGCACGCCUACAGGCGGGAGUUUCAGUUAUCCGAAAACAGUUUGUCUUCAGAAGGCUCCAGCAGCGAUGACGGACCCAGCAGGGGCACCACCGUACGACUGCUCUGGUUGUCCAUGCUGAAGAUGCCAAAGCCGCUGUGGAGGUUGUGUGUCUGUCACCUGGUCACAUGGUUUUCCUACAUAGCGCAAGCCAUCUUCUACACAGAUUUCAUGGGACAAGUCAUCUUCAAUGGUGACCCCAAGGCACCGGCCAAUACCACAGAGUUUCAGAAUUAUAACAGCGGGGUCCAGAUGGGGUGUUGGGGGCUGGUGGUCAAUGCGGCAACUGCAGCUCUCUGCUCAGCCGUCCUUCAGAAGUACCUGGAUAACUUUGACCUGAGCAUCAAGGUCAUCUACAUUAUGGGCACUUUGUGUUUUGCAGCAGGAACCGCGGUGAUGGCUCUCUUUCCUAAUGUGUACGUCGCCAUGGUGAUGAUCAGCAGCAUGGGCAUCAUCUCCAUGAGCAUGUCCUACUGUCCUUAUGCCUUACUUGGACAAUAUCAUGAAAUUAAAGAGUUCAUCCACCACAGCCCGGCCAACACAAGAAGAGGUUUUGGCAUUGAUUGUGCAAUCUUAUCAUGCCAAGUUUACAUCAGCCAGAUUCUGGUGGCAUCGGCGCUGGGAGCAGUCGUCGAAGCCGUCGGCAGCGUGCGAGUCGUUCCCAUGGUGGCUUCCGGCAGUUCCUUCCUCGCCUUCCUGGCCGCCAGUUUCCUCGUUAUUUACCCCGACGAAGAACCCGAGGGCUCGGACGAGGAUUCCAGAGACCGGGAAUUGGCCCGUUUGUCGGUUGAGCUUGACCACAAUGGAGAAGAUGGUGAUGAGAAGCUGAGAGAAGGCCUACGGAACACUCCGAUCGCCUGAGCCUAAAUGAAACACAAGAGGAAGAAAUGAGGCAGAGAUGGAAACGUAUGAAAAGCGUGAUGGUGGAAGUCGGAUUUGCACAUAUAGGUCUCCUUUGUGUUCUGCACAUCCCAUUGCUACCUCAACUCAAACAAGGUAAAGCGGACUAGACGGACUGAAUGCGUGUGACGAAAAGCAUUUCUAGCACUUUGUGUCUCAUUCCUAGAUUAAUAAUGCUGCAGUAAUACCUACCAACUACUUCAAUAAUGAUCCUGUUUAAUUGUCACCUCUCCUACAUUUCAGCUCAGGAGGAAAAUACGUUUGUGUUCCUGUUUUGUUUUCCAAAUAGCUAACCUUUAGACUUCACUCAGCAGCAGGUUUGACUCUUGAUCUUAAUUCACUGCAAUCACAUUGAUUUACAUAACCAGUUUCUGUUUUUGUGAUGGGAGUGUCAUGCUCUCUUAUGAUGUGACCCCAAGUGGCAUUGUGAAAUGAUACUUUAUGCCAGUUUUGCUCAACUACAAUUUUUUUUUUUUUUUUUUAUGACUACGCUCAUUGUUCAUUUCCCAGCUCACAAGUACCUACUUGGAAGUCAACUAGGAUGAGUGACUUUUAGUUCAUAAGGGCCUUUUUUUGACCUCCCAUUGUGACUUUUAAUUAUAUUUUCGGAUUAGUAUAAGCUAACCUUGGGCAGCGUAAAUAUGCAAUUUUUUUUUCAGGAGUUUUAAUUCAACUAUGCAGGCUGAUAAGUUACUGUUAAGUGCCUCUUAGUGCAGAAGGGUCAAUGUAGGCAAAGCAGUUUUCAAGUCAUGAUUUGGGUUAUGCAACGUUUAACUCAGCAAGCCUCAGGACGUGACGUUGAUUAAUAUUUAAAAAAGAAAAUUCCUUGCUGUGAACUACCAAAGGACUUUUGUUUAUCUUACCGAUACGGAUGGUACGUUGAAGCCUGAAGCAGGGUGUGUUUAUUUUUUCUGUGAGUGAAAGUAUAUUGGAUUUUAUGUACAUGUCAAGAACUUUUAAGAUUUGUACUUGGAUUCUGUCCCGUUUUGAGUUGAAAGGUCAUCACCACUGUUUGGGGUGGUUUUGUUUUUUUUGCUGCUGUACAGAUUUUUAUAUCAAAGAUUUAAACUGUUUUCAAAAACCAAUGCUUUGAAGAAAAGAAGGCUACAUCCACCAACAA